CUGAGGCUGUAUGAGAUGUCAUACACAAUGGAGGAUUCUCUGGAGUCUGGUUGGGUUUCUGUACGUCCAAACGUUUUUGACGAAAAAGAAAAGCACAAAUUCGUCUUCAUCGUCGCCUGGAAUGACAUUGAGGGUAAGUUUGCGAUAACAUGCCAUAACAGAACCGUUCAGAAACGGACCGCGGUGAGGGAUUCGCUAGUUGAAGCGGCCGAGGGUGAGCUCCCAUCCGCAGUGGCCUUGGUGACUGACAAAGAAAAACGCAUAACUCAGAAGAGUCCGGUUAAAGACAAGUCUCUAAGAAGCCCGGUGAAAGACAAAAGUGAAGUUUGCGUAACAGUUAGAUCUAGCCAAGUGAAAGGACAAAGCCUAACAAAGAGUCCCGUGCGGGAGAAAUCGGCAGAUAUUUCCAGGCCAGUGAAAACUCAGAGUAAAGUGAUUGGGACAGGGGACGCCGCGUCCGCUAAGAUUAGUGACAUCGAGGUCUUGGACCCGGGAGUCGUUCUUCUUGAAGGCCGCUCGCCCACGGACGACGCGGACACUUUAGAGGACCUGGACACCAACAUCCGAGAGGACUUUAGUUGGGCCGGUUUGUUUUCUUUCCAGGACAUGAGAGCUGCUCAUCUACAGCUUUGCGCCGUCAACUCGGACCUGGAACCUUGCCUGCCACCAUUCCCUGAGGAGCAGUCUGGAAUGUGGACGGUUCUCUUCGGGGCCCCAGAAGUCACGCAGAGAGAGACAGAGGCCCUUUGUUACCAGUUACAGGUGUACUUGGGCCAUGCCCUUGACACCUGCGGGUGGAAGAUACUCUCCCAGGUGCUGUUCACCGACAGCGAUGAUUCGGAGGAGUAUUAUGAAAGUUUGAGCGAACUGCGACAGAAAGGCUAUGAGGAUGCGCUCCAACGGGCUAAGAAACGGCUGCAAGAGCUGUUGGAGAAGCAGAAGGGGAUGGAGAGUAUGGUGGAGCUGCUGCAGUUGUAUGGCGAGCAGGAUGAGGCGUACGGGGAUCUGGUGGAGGCCACCACAGAGCUAUACCACUAUCUACUGCAGCCCUUCAGAGACAUGAGAGAACUGGCCAUGCUGCGCAGACAACAGAUCAAGAUCUCCUUGGAGACAGAGUACUUGGGACCACGUCGUGUGGAGGCGUUGAAGAGGGAGGAUGAGGAUUGGCAGAGGAAGGCUCAUACAGCUGUGCUCUCCAUACAGGACCUGACUGUCAAGUACUUUGAGACCACUGCACGGGCACAGAAAGUGAUGUAUGAGCGCAUGCGUGCAGACCAGCGGAAAUUUGGCAAGGCAGCGUGGGCUGCUGCAGUGGAGCGUAUGGAGAAGCUGCAAUAUGCCGUGUCCAAGGAGACACUGCAGCUGAUGCGAGCCAAAGAGAUCUGUCUUGAGCAACGCAAACACGGCCUAAAAGAGGAGAUGCAAGGUUUGCAGGGUGGGGAGGAUGCAAUGGCAAGGUUGGACCAGUUGGAGGCACUAUACUAUGAACUGCAGUUGCAGCUCUAUGAGAUCCAGUUUGAGAUUUUGAAGUAUGAGGAACUGCUGCUUACUGCUCAGCUGCAGAGUCUACGCAGACAAAUGACUGAGAGACAGGAUGAGGUGGUGUACUAUGACACAUACGAGAGCACUGAUGCCAUGCAGGACACUGAAGACCCGGCUGCUCCCUCCUGUCCCCUCAGAGAUGAGGUCACCAAACUCCAGCAGAGGACACGGCAGCUGGAGGCACGCAGGGGACGCAUCACUGCCAAGAAAGCCUAUCUCCGAAAUAAAAAGGAAAUCUGCAUUGUCAACCACAACCAGAAGAUACAGCAACGCCAAAGCAAUCAGGACGGCAACAGCUCCCAGCAGGCUUUGGGGCAGGAGGAAGAGGAAGAGGAGGAGAUGAGGAAUUCCAGAGUCAGCCAAGAGCGGCAGAAAACACUGGAUAGGUUGCGUAGCUUCAAACAGCGCUACCCAGGUCAGGUCACCCUGAAAUCCACAAGACUGCGCUUAGCUUACGCCAGGAAGAAAAGUGGUGCAACCCAGCCUACUGCUGUGAAAGUGGACCAACCCCAGACGCAGGUGGCCAGUGUGCAAACUGAAGACUACAGUGCCUCUCCAGAUGUUCUACAGCAUUCCGCCGCCGCCGCCGCCCCAAGUGUCUGCAGACCUGAAGGAUUCCUGUCCUUACCUCCCGGGGGUGUCCCCAGCGCCCAAGCCCCGGUUUCGGGUCCCACCUCCCUCCCUUUGGGGAACGAGCUGUUGUUGCACGACUCCUCGACUUCUCCGAUCUCCCCUCCCCCACCUCCACCUCCUCCACCCCCUCCUCCCCCACCCCCCCCUUCUGAGGAGACAUCUGCAGAGGGCCAGGGGCAAGGGCAGGUGGGGAGCCCUGAGCGUGAUCCAAAAGGGAGUAGCACACCCCCUCUUGCUCCCUUUUCUCCCCGCUUCUUUGACAGCAGCCAACUGGUUAAUGCAAGAAAGAAACUGAGAAAGACAGCGUCCCUAGAAUCAACGCAGUGGAGACGAGCGAGUUCUCCAAUGGAUGAAGUUUUGGCCAGUCUCAAACGAGGUAGUUUCCACCUCAGAAAGGCGGAACUCAGGGUCCUGGCUCCAGAUCCGGAUGAAGACGAUGGGAACAAUAUCCUUGCCCAGAUCAGGAAGGGGGUGAAGCUCCGAAAAGUCCGUCGGCAGGAGCAUCAGCGAGGAUCAAAGGGAAUGCUGUCGGAUUCCACUGACCCACUGACCCGCAGUAUCCAUGAAGCACUGAGACGCAUUAAAGAAGCUUCACCGGAGUCUGAGUCAGAGGAUGAGGGGCUACCCUGCACAGACUGGGAGAGUUAGGUCCCACGCGUGCACACACACACA